CUCUAUCUCAAUCAGAAAAAACAUACGUACCCACACAUAGAGACAUGGGCUUGAUGCUGCAGGUAGCAUUGUUAUGCUCAUUGACGAUCCUCUCAUUCAGUUCACUUUCGAGUUCACUGAGUUCGAAUUACUACCACAAAUCAUGUCCCCAAGUUGAGUCCAUCGUCGCUAAGGUCGUUAGGGAUGCGACGUCGAGAGACAAAACGGUGCCCGCAGCGCUUCUCAGGAUGCAUUUCCAUGAUUGUUUUAUAAGGGGUUGCGAUGGGUCUGUGUUGCUGGAGUCGAGAGGAGGGAACAAAGCAGAAAGGGAUGGACCUCCAAACGUUUCUCUGCAUGCAUUUUAUGUGAUAGAAAGCGCAAAGAAAGCAGUGGAAGCUGUGUGCCCUGGCAUUGUCUCCUGUGCUGAUAUAUUGGCCUUCGCCGCUAGAGAUUCUGUCGUCUUGUCUGGAGGACCAACAUGGGAUGUUCCAAAAGGAAGAAAGGAUGGAAGGACAUCAAAAGCCAGUGAAACCACACAAUUGCCAUCUCCCGCUUUCAAUAUUUCUCAACUUGAGAAAAGCUUUUCUCUGAGAGGGCUCUCAAUGGAAGAUCUCGUCGCUCUCUCAGGCGGCCACACUCUGGGCUUCUCCCACUGCUCAUCCUUCCAGAAUCGGAUCCACAACUUCAACUCCACCCACGAUGUCGACCCCACCCUACGCCCUGCCUUUGCAGCAAGUUUGAAAAGCAUUUGCCCCAUCAAGAACAAGGCCAAGAAUGCUGGCACCACUAUGGAUCCUUCUUCCACCACCUUUGAUAACACCUACUACAAACUUAUACUUGAGGGUCAAACCCUGUUUUCUUCUGAUCAAGCUUUGCUUACCACUCCCAACACUAAGAGUUUAGUUUAUAAGUUUGCGAGCUCGAAAAAAGCUUUCCACACUGCUUUUGCGGAGUCCAUGAUAAAGAUGAGCAGCAUUAAUGGAGGACAAGAGGUCAGGAAGGAUUGUAGGUUUGUAAACUGAAUGUAAUAUAUAUAUAUAUAUAUAUAGCUUCAAUUCAUCAGUACUUAGCCCAGCAGUAGGCAUGUCGUGAUAAUACAUUGACAACAAGUGUUGGAGAAUAUGCCUUGUUGUGUUGUUGUGAGUGCAGACCAAUUUAAGUACUUAGUGUGCAAGUCUCUCAAUUGUAAUCUAUACUAGUUAUUGUGAAAUGUUAUGCUAGUAAGCUUUUUUUAA